AUGGUACAGCUUCUACGCAUCACCCCUGAGGAGGUGAUCGAGUUCCCUCUGGUCCUGUACACACCUCUCAACGCCAACCUCAAAUUGGAAAACAUUAGUGAGCAAAAUGUUGCUUUCAAGAUCAAGACCACGGCUCCCAAGGGCUACCUCGUAAGGCCCAGCACCGGCGUCAUCAAGGCGGGAGAGCAGCAGUCGGUUCAGAUAAUCCUGCAGCCCCUCAGCGAGGCCCCGAAGGCUGUCAACGACCGCUUCCUCGUGCAAUCGGUUACCUACGUCAGCGAGGAGCCGGUCCCGAAGGACCUCUGGACCACAGUGGAGAAGUCCCAAGUUGGUGAGCACCGUCUCAGCGUGGCCCUGGUCAAGGACCCCGGGCUGAACAUCCAAUCGGGCAACUCACCGCACGGCAUCCCCCCGCGCAUCGCUGCACGCCUGUUUACGCCACAGAGCGCCAAUGUUGAUCUGCCAGAAUUACGCCAAAAGUACGACGAACUGGUGCAAUACUGCCUCUCCGUAGAGAAGCUGAAGGCGCAGAUCAUCAAGGAAAACGAGCAGCUCAGGCAGAGGCUGAGCAUGGGCCCUGCGGACUCAGUAGGUACCAGGCUCUACGUCGAGCUCUGGUACAUCCCCGUCAUCAUCCUUCUCAUGGCUCUCGUGGCCAAAUUCAUGGGUCACUUGUAG